AUUGAUCAUUAAUUCAUUGAUUAUCAUUAGGAAAAGAGGAAGGCCGUUUCGCCAUUUGUCAUUGAAAAGAAACGAAAACACUCCAUUUAUCUUGAAGGAAAGCUUUCCAAAUUUUCAGGGCAAGCCGACGAAGUGAGAAUCGGCUGACGUUUGAAAGUUGUUCCUGUCGUAUGUAAACAUGCCCCAGAUCAACAUGUGAGCGUCGUCCACCGGAGAGUGUGAACGGAAGACCAGAGGCUGCCUCGGGUGAAAGAGAAUUAAUCUUUUGUAGCCUGCGGAGUGGAAACCAGUCCAGCUUGUAUGUGGAAGACGGAAACAAAAAGGAAAGCUUGGUUGGUUUAGGGAAAUUUGGACAUAUCCUCCUCAAAAUCCCCCCUCCCUCCAUCUCACAUUAAUACCCUCCCCCCAUCUCGCCUAGCCCUGCAGGUUUUUAUCAAUCUCCUGGAAUGAAGCUGGAGUUUAAAUCUGUACAACCUUGUUGGAUUGAUUGCGGUAGCUUGAUUUAACUUCAUCUCUGCCUCACUCUCUCUCUCUCUCUCCAUCAAAUGCCUCCCUAAAACGCUCCUCUAUUUAUGCAUUCUCCGAGAAACCAGCCGUAACCAUAGCAACCAUUGAGGUAGAAGGGACGGUGGAGUUGCACAGCUGACGUAUGCAUCCUCGCUCUUCAACCAUUUUUUUUCCAUCCUCCUCCUCCCCCAUCUCUGGGUAUUCAGUCGGAUGCUGCCCAGUGUAAUGCAAUUGGAUGAUCUUGAGCGUGAGAUAGCAAGAGAUUCGGGCGAGCAGUGCGAGGAUUGCAUAGGAUUCUCGGGUCAGGGUGCGUGCAGAGCGACAGAGAGCGAGAGUGAGAGUGAGCGAGCGAGCGAAGAGGAGGCGGCGGCUCAGAACACUGAUUUUCAUUUGAGGGCAUCAAGCCGAGCUGGGCAGGCAGACUGAUGUGCAUGGACGCAAAAAGACAACGGGGAAUCCAAUACUGGAACGUAACGACGACGAAAGCCUGCCCAGAGGAUUCUCUUACACCUUGUGUACAUAGACAACUAAAUUUAAUUUGAAACAGUGUGUGUGUUUUUGUGUGUACAUUUGUCAUCAAAGCAAGGAGAAUACGUAUUAAGACAUUCCUGCUUUACGCGCCCGGGAAUAAAGAGAAGAUAAAUUAUUUUGAAACGAGAAGAUUUUAUUGCUGCCGUGAUGUGACAAAUGAAAUGAUAUCCGAAACCAUGGUGCUUAGAACUAAAGAACAGAGUAAUUAGAUGAGCAACGUGUAUUCUUCCAAACGAAGCUAUCAACAGGCAGGGAACAAGUAAUUGACUAUCCAUACUCGGCAACGGCGGCAAGUACGGUUGUACACUAGGGAACUGUUGCAGCUGAUUAUCCACCUGUACAUGUAUCUAUAGCAAGCCAGUUAGUCUCGGCUUUAAGGAGAGCAGAUCAUCUUUUUCUGUUUUUAUAGACUUGAGAUAAGAAACUCAAGAUGUCUUCUGUGAAAGUAGCCGUCCGGGUGCGACCCUUCAACAGUCGGGAAGUGGCACGGGAUGCCGCCUGCAUCAUUGCUAUGACAGGAACAACUACAACAAUCACAAACCCCAAAACCCAAGGCAAAGAACAACCAAAGAGCUUCAAUUUUGACCACUCCUAUUGGUCUACGACAACGCCUGAAGACCCCAGGUAUGCAUCUCAAAGGAGAGUCUACGAGGACCUGGGACAGGAGAUGCUUCAACAUGCGUUUGAAGGGUACAACGUGUGUAUAUUUGCGUAUGGGCAGACAGGAGGAGGCAAGUCCUAUACCAUGAUGGGAAAACAAGAACCAAGCCAACAGGGUAUUAUACCACAGCUCUGCCAGGAGCUCUUCGACCGCAUCAACUGUAACUCGGACCCCAACUUGAAGUUCUCGGUAGAGGUCAGUUACAUGGAGAUCUACUGUGAGAGGGUUCGUGACCUCCUCAACCCCAAGAACCAGAAGAACCUGAGGGUGAGGGAACACCCCCUUCUAGGACCCUACGUGGAGGACCUUUCCAAACUAGCCGUCACUUCCUUUAGCGAUAUAUCAGACCUGAUGGACGAGGGAAAUAAAGCAAGAACUGUAGCUUCCACCAACAUGAACGAGACAAGCAGUAGAUCACACGCCGUCUUCACCAUCGUCUUCACCCAGAAGCGACACGACGUCGAGACCAACAUGUGCACAGAGAAGGUCAGCAAGGUCAGUCUGGUUGACCUGGCAGGCAGCGAAAGGGCAGACUCCACAGGGGCAAAGGGUGUCAGGUUAAAGGAAGGAGCAAAUAUCAACAAAUCAUUAACCACCUUGGGAAAAGUUAUUUCAGCAUUAGCAGAACUUUCUUCACAGUCAGGGAAACCAAGAAAUAUUAAGAAUUCAAGUAUGCCCAUUGAUAAGGCAAGUAAGAAGAAGAAGAAGUCAGACUUCAUUCCAUACCGAGAUUCCGUUCUAACAUGGCUACUCCGAGAGAACCUUGGAGGAAAUUCCAAGACGGCCAUGAUUGCCGCUCUAAGUCCGGCCGAUAUCAACUACGAUGAGACACUAAGUACGCUCAGAUAUGCAGACAGGGCCAAGAACAUCGUCUGCAAGGCUAUCGUCAACGAGGAUCCCAACGCCCGUCUCAUCCGUGAACUCAAGGAAGAGGUCAAUCGGCUGAAGGUCAUCCUCAAGACGGAGGGCAUCGACGUUGACACCAACAACCUCAACAACUUUGUGAGCAACGUCAACGCUGCCACCAAUCCAAACCUUUCCAUGCCCCAGAAGAUCCAGCUUCCUGUCAAAGAAGAUGCGAUGGAUAGAAUAAAGGAAUCUGAGAAGUUGAUAGCCGAGCUGAAUGAAACAUGGGAAGAGAAACUCAAGAAGACAGAGGCCAUCAGGUUACAGAGAGAGGAGAUGUUAGCUGAAAUGGGUGUCGUCAUGAGAGAAGAUGGAAUCACUGUUGGAGUAUUCUCCCCCAAACAGACUCCUCAUCUUGUUAAUCUUAAUGAGGAUCCACUGAUGUCCGAGUGUCUGCUCUACCAUCUCAAGCCAGGCAUAACAAGGGUGGGGCUCUCAGAUGCCAACGUGACCCAAGAUAUCCAGCUGAGUGGGUCGUACAUCAACGAGGAGCAUUGUAUCUUUGAGAACAAGGACAGUCAGGUCACCCUGAAGCCCUUCGAUGGUCGUAUGUGCUACAUCAAUGGCUCAAAGAUAACAGAACCUACGCAAAUCUUUAGUGGUUACCGCAUCAUCCUUGGAAAGCAUCACGUGUUCCGCUUCAACAACCCAGAGCAGAUCCGCCAACAGAGGGAGCUCUCCUCCUCUGUCCAAGGAGGACAGGUGAACGACGGGGUCCAGGAUACGAGAGGUCAGGGAGAUGGAGGCGACACGGAGGGCAAGCCGGACAGUAGAGACUGGUCCUUUGCACAGAAAGAGCUGCUGAAACAUCAGGGCAUUGAUAUCAAGGAGGAGAUGGAGAGAAGACUGCUUGCCAUGGAGAUGCAGUACAAGAAAGAGAAAGAAGAAGUGGACCAACUCUUAGAGCAACAGAGACUGGAUUACGAGAGCAAACUCCAAGCCCUCCAGAAGCAGAUGGAGACCCAGAGCCUCCUCUCCGGCAGCGUGUCCGGCGAUCUCAGCUGCGAUGACGACGACGAUGACGGCCUGGAGAGUCAAUGGACAGCUAGUGAAUACCGGAUUGCUACGUGGGUCUGGAGAAAAUGGAGAUUUUAUAGAUUUACUUCUAUAAGGGAUGAUCUUUGGGGUAACGCUAUAUUCCUGAAGGAGGCUAACGCUAUCAGUGUGGAACUCAAGAAGAAGGUGGAGUUCCAAUUCGUCCUCCUGUCUGACACCCUCUACUCGCCCCUCCCCACGGAGCUAGUACCUAGCAGCGAGAGCGCAGAGGUCACAGAGAGACCCUUCCCACGGACGGUGGUAGCCGUCGAGGUGCAGGACAAGAAGAACGGGGCAACGCACUACUGGACCUUGGAGAAACUACAGAAGCGACUAGAGCUGAUGAGAGAGAUGUAUGACAAUGCUGCUGAUGCCACACCUACUAGCCCAGAUGGUAACAUGGGCUUUGAGAACAGCGGCACAUGCAGGGAUCCGUUCUACGAUCGGUUCCCAUGGUUCCGUCUAGUUGGAAGGUCCUUUGUGUACAUGAGCAAUCUGCUCUACCCCGUUCCUCUGGUCCAUCGGGUUGCCAUCGUCAACGAGAAGGGAGAUGUCAAAGGUUAUCUCCGCAUCGCUGUCCAGCACGUCCUACCGGACGAUGAAACUCCAGACUAUGGGUCGGGGGUCAGACAGUCAGGCAUGGCCAAGAUACAGUUCAAUGAUGAUGAAUACUUCAACAGGAAGCUGAAAAGAAAUACAUCCGGCAUCAACAAGGCAAUCUGCCGUUCCAACAUGUCAGAGGAGAAUGUGCGUAUCGUUGAAGGGCACAGAGAAAACUCAGACAUGGAAUUGGAUGAGAAGUGCCAUGACAUUGAAGCCAUGAGCACCACCGAAUCUAUGACAUCUCUCUCUACUCUUGAUGCCUGUGAUGCAGACCAUCUCAAGAUAGGGUCAAACUUUACCUUCCGGGUCACGGUGCUACAGGCUUCUGGGAUAUCCACCGAGUACUCAGACAUCUUCUGCCAGUUCAACUUGCUUCACGGUCAGGGGGCGUUCGUCACUCAGUCGGUUGAAAACCACAGUCACUAUUCGGGACAGUCAGGAAUGCCCCUCGGCUUUUACUUUGUUCAAGAUAUAUCGACCACAGUGACAAGGGCAUUCAUCGACUACCUGAGGACUUCACCCAUCGUGUUUGAGGUGUUUGGUCACUACCAAGCUCAUCCCCUUCACACGCAGAGCCAGACCACCACUAGAUUGAGGCCACUCAAGAGGGGUUUCCCAUGCACACUACCCAUGGCUACACCAGUUCCGUCCCCUAGGAUGGGCCUGAUCAGUACACCAUGCACCAGCCAUCUCCAUUCCAAGCACGAUCUUCUCGUCUACUUUGACAUCUGUGAGCUGGCACCGUCUGGAGAGUACCUGUCAUCGUAUGUAGAUCACUCUGAAGACAUGCCUUGUAGUGGAGUCUUCCUCCUACAUCAAGGUAUCCAGAGAAGAAUAGCCAUCACCAUCAUCCAUGAAGCCACCGACGAGCUCUUGUGGAAGGACGUCAGGGAACUGGUUGUAGGGCGUAUUCGUACCACUUUGGAAGUGACUGAGCCGGAUGAUGAGAUGACAGUUCUAUCUCUAAACCUUCUACCAGUCAGCCAUACAACUGUACCAGGAGAUGACAGAACCUGUUUCCGGUUUGAGGCAGCAUGGGAUAGUUCCCUUCACAACUCAGUGCUCCUGAACCGAGUCACUCCCUACGGUGAGAUGGUCUAUCUCACCCUCUCAGGCUACCUUGAGCUGGAGAACUGUGCCCAGUCAGCCUGUAUCACCAAGGAUAUAUGCCUUCAGAUGUAUGAGAGAGACGCUCGCAUUAGCCCCUCACGCUCUCUCCGUAGCCUCUUUGGAAGCAGCUUCUACAAGCCAUCAGACAGCAACAGCAUCACUGGAGUUUAUGAGAUCUCUCUCUUGAGGUCUGCCGAGGCUCUCAGUCCAGACAUGUGGCAGUGGAUAACUUGGGGAAGAAAUGGCAAGUCAUUCAGUCAAUAUGAUCUGCGGGAUUUAUUGGAGUCCACCUCCCCUCACCAUCACAUGACCUUGUCCCCUCCUAACAUGAGUGGCACUCAGAGAAGGAUGAGGAAGGUGAUUGACACAUCCGGGACAUACGUCCGAGGGGAGGAGAACCUGAAGGGAUGGAGGCCCAGGGCCGACUCCCUCAUCUUAGACCAUCAGUGGGAGCUGGAGAAACUCAACAGAUUAGAAGAGGUUGAGAAAGCGCGCCAUUCGCUCCUCCUCCACGAUAAGAUCGCUCAGGAGCAGUACAACACUCGCAGCCUCUCCAUGGAGUCUUCCGUCACCGGGGACAACGUAGCGGCCUCCAACAUGACACAGUCCGACACGCUCUCAUCCAUGGACAGCGCCGUCUCUACGGACGAGGCGGCAGGAGGUGCGGCCAGCAACGAGCCCCUGAGGGGUCAGGAGCUGAUCGCCAAGUGCCUCAGGCUACUGACGCAGAGCCAGCUACCCUUGCGUAGCCCACCGGCCGUGAAGCAAUCGGCCGACAUCCCACCAGUCACCCUCCAGGUGACAGGGGCCGACUCCCCGCCCCAGAUCGAGACCCCCACCCCUCGCAGCCCCUCUAAGUGCAACGUCAAUGAGCAGAACAAAUCUCUAGCCUCAUCCCUCCCGGACCUCCGCUGUCUCUCCCCUACCAGCAGCCGCAAGAUACCCAUCCCCACCGAGCUCCCGGGCAUCCAGAGCUCCGCCGAUGACUGCACCUCGCCCACGGGCGGGGCGGGAUGCGGAGACGGCUUCGGGAAGAAGCUGAGGGGCGGACUCCGCCCUCUUUACGUUCCGGAGGUGGAGGAGAUCAGAGUGAGCGCUGGCUUAAGUCCGGUCGUUUCUCGGCGCGGCUACCUGAACUUCCUGGAGGAGAAGACCGCCGGCUGGGUGACGCGCUACGUGGUGGUGCGCCGCCCGUACGUCUACAUCUACAACAACGAGAAGGACCCGGUGGAGCGCGGCCUGAUCAACCUUGCCACAGCGAGAGUAGAAUACAGCGAGGAUCAGCAGGCUAUGCUUAGGGCAAGACAUCUCAGCAUUGUCACACCAAACACAUUCUCGGUUUGCACCAAGUACAGAGGUUUCCUGCUUCAGACCCUUGGAGACAAGGAUGUCUUCGACUGGCUCUAUGCCUUCAACCCUCUACUUGCUGGCUCCAUCAGAUCAAAGCUGGCUCGGCGUUCAGGAGUGGGUGCUACACAGAUACCAGUUUAAGGAUAACGACCAUUGUCCUUCCAACCCAACAAUUAGUCAUCAUAAUGAAGGUCAUCAUCGUCAUCAACGUCAUCAUCAAGGUCACCAUCGUCAUCAUCAUCAUCAUCAUCAUCAUCAAAAGAGAAUAGUGUAGGAUAAUGUACAUGAGUACCUGUUAAACUCUUCAUUCACUAGAAUGCCAUAGUCUUUGGCUUAUCUGAUAGGUACAUAAAAGUAUACACUGCAAGUGUGACAAAUGUUGACUGUGGCACUCCACUGCUUGUUUCACUCGUCGACCAAAGCCUGUAAAGAGUUAACAGCCCCGUUUCAUGAAACUGGUCUUAGGCUACUGAAAUCAGCUCAUUUGAUUCGCUGUCAGCAAAUUUAAAAUCGAAUUGAGCAAUUAUUAUUUAUAACAAGGUUUUAUGGCCCAAGAGCCUUGAGGAUGAGAAACAUGUAAACUCUGACCACCCUCUCUCUUUAGCUGCCAUACAUUUUGUUGGGAGAUGCUUUUAAAAGCCAUCUUGAGAAAUGAAGGUGCUUGUAUGAUUUUUUCCUAAAAUUGAUGAUGGUCAGUUCCGAAACUGAUAAGUAAAACAAGGGUCUAAAUCAAUGGUCAGUACAUUGUAUGUUAGUAUGAUAAAUGUAGGUCUAAAUGUGGUAUAUUUAAAGAGUGGGUUAUUGGUGUGGUGUUAGGACCCAGGUUGAUGAUGGAUCGUGAAGUUGUUCAAGGGCUCUUUGGUUUAUAGCACAAUUGGUACAAAUAUAUUUCUUUAUAAACCUAAGGAUUCACUGUAGUUCAGUCUCUUCAAAGGUGUUUUGAAGGACAACUUGAAAUUGAAGUGGUCUUAUUGAUUAACAAUAUGCCAAUAUUUCAGAAACAAAAACAAAUUCUAUCCGUUCGCUCAGUUAAUGGAGUAGCCCACCAAUCAAAGUUCAAUGUUCUUUUUAACAAAAGACCACCUCUGGCCGGCAAUCUAUCAUCUAUCAUGAUCUCUCAUCUUGCUGAGAUAUACAGCUAGUCAGGCAGGCAUUCACAAGAAAUUGAAAGGUAAACUCCUUGGCAUGGCUGACCAAGUUAGAAAGUAAUAGAUGCAGAAAAGAUGAACGUUUUGUAGCGGGAUGCAUUCCUUUGCUAAAAAGCAAUGGCUGUUCAUGAAAAUACACCUAGGAUUUACUAAGCUGCAGUACUUUCCUGAGAAUUUGUACAGUGUAACCUGUAUACAAAGACUGCUCAAGGGAGUCAAGAAACACUGUCUUCAUGAGCAAGUGGUCUUUAUAUACAGGUUCCUUUAAAACAUGUUUCAAUGGGGAAACACAUUACAAGGGAAACUAAAUAAUGUGAUCUUUAAAGACAGGUGGUCUUUCUAUACAGGUGGUCGCUAAAGCAGAUUUGACUGUAUUAAUAUAAUGUAGAAAUACUUGUUAAAGCCUUUCCAUGAAGGUUCUCAUUUUGUGUUGUGCUAGUCGUAGUGAUUGUACAAAUCUCAUGAUUGUGUCAAGUGCUAAUUGACAGUUAAAAUCAGCACCUUCCUAACACCACAUUAGAAACCCUUUGGUGUAUUUUACACCACAGUGACACCCCAGCAAUGCCCAAAUUGGGUCUGUACAUAUUAUACAAGUAGUGGGAAAUGCAAUAUAAGUGUCACAGAAGGAGCUUAUCAAAAAAAAUUGUUAAAAAAAGUGAUAUGUUAAUGUCAAAGAAACUACAAAAGAAAUGAAUGCCAUAAAACAGCUAUUUUGCCAUGUAAAUAGACAAAAGCCAUUUAACCUAUUGUAUGCUAUGUGUGCUGCCGAUGGAAGCUUGAGAUCAUGUGUGUGCUUAGUGUUGUACGUGUAUAUCAAAAUUCGGCCAUCGUUGUCAGACAACUAGUGUUUAUAUUGUAGGGCACAAAGACUGAAACAAGCUCAAAUUCUCUUACAAAUUCACAUUUGUUCACACGUGGUACUACUUUUCAACUCAUCUUUUCCCACCAUCACGAUAUCUGUAGAUGUGCUAUACAGUUUUUAUGCAAAAUUGUCAUUAUGUAUGCAUUUUUUUAUUCCAGCAUUAACAUUUUUUCUUAAACGUAUCCCUAGUACACAUAUUUUUGUUUGGGUUUACUACUUAAUGCCAGAAGAUGUCAAUGUUUUAUAGCGAAUAAAAUACUGACUACAAUAAAAGUGAAAAAGCAUAUAAAACGUUUGCCCCAACCCUGAUUUUUCGUACUGUUGAGCAUAUUUUGAAUUAAGAUAUCAGAUCAGUUUUGCCCGAUAAGUUAAUCUCUAUGCAACUUUUCAAUGGAAUAUUCAAUGUCCAUGGUUAUAGCAUUAUUUUCAGAACAGCAAAAUAUCAUAUAUGACAAGCUAAUAUCAUUGCUGAUACAAUAUAUAAUGAGAGGGUUGAGGAUGAAAUGACAGCCACAGCAGUGACAAUAUUUUCGUAAAACAAACAGGAUGAAUUACACCAGACUUGUGCAGUUGGAGUUAGGUUGUGCCAAACUAUUUAAUCCACUACAAUACUAGUGUAUCUUUCUUCAUACUUUGCAUAUUUCACCCAUUAACAUCCCUUUCUGCUUGUCCAUGUCCGGUUCGCAAAAGACCAUUCAAUUCUGAGUUGUAUUUUCUGAGAUGUAAAUCAUGGCUCAGGGUAGCAAAAACUGCUUUUGGCUUGCCGUGAAGCCCAUUAUUUCGUAGGUAUAGUGCAAGUCUCAAAAAGCUGUGCAAUAACUGAUGACAGGGUUGGGAUUCAUUUCUUCUUUUUUUCAGUUUGAUAUUUACCACAUGUUAGGAAACAGCUUGAUGCAUUGGCAACAGGAAAUGUUCAUUUGGGAUAUAAUGGCUUUUAAACGGUGCAUUGUGGGAUUAUAGAAAUGAUAUUUCAAUCAUAAAUCUGAAGUCAUUUGUCUUAAAGAAACCUUUUUUCUGUGUUUGCUACAUAAAGCUUUCCUAUAGCCACUGAAAAAAUACACACACACUGGUAUAUACCUUCAGGCUUCAAGGAAACUUGUUGAAUUGGAAAACUACCAUGCUAGAGACAGUUGUGCAAUUUUAGGGGGUCAGGAGUGGGAUAUGGGCAUUAUCUUUGAAUCACCUGUUUGGUUUAUUGAAUUCUACACUCCUCUGUAGCAAAUAUUUUGUACUCCUGGGAAUACAUCAUUUUGACAAACAGGGAUGUGAUCAUUUUUGUUUUCUCUGUGCAGUUCACAUGAUUGAAUGCUGUAAAUUUUCAUCCUUUGGACUUUCACAGUAAAAAAAGCAUAGCGCUAAACAUAAAGAGGAUCAUUUGAUUUUGAUGCCAAUUUGGGACUUCCUCUUUUUUAGAAGGGGAAAUUAUGUUUUUCAAAAACAUGUAAUAUAACUUGUGAUGAAGAAGCAGAUAAGAUAGGUGUCCAAGUCAAGUUUCUGUCUGUAUGUAAGUGUGAUCGCUAGUCCUAAGGCCAAGUUAGAUAUAGUAAUGAAUUUGUCGUAGUAGACUCGAUGUUCACUUGCAUGCGGGACAAAAACUGAAAUUUUAUGGAUGCUACAUUUAGUAUCAUGUAAAUAUGAUAAAUAUAUAAAUAUAUAUAUUAACUGUAGACUUUGUAUAAUAUUAUUUAAUGUCAGAUAAAUUUCACCAUGAACUUUAAUUUAUGUGUAAAAUAAUUCCAAAUGCACUAUGUAUAUUCUGCUCGAUUUAUGCAGGGAGGGGAUGAUUAGGUAGAUGAAAAUAUGCUGAAUGUCUGAAGAAGAAUGUAUGUGUCUUUCUCUUCCUCUUUCGAUUGAAAAGUCAAUUGAUUUCUAGCUAGCUAGCAGUUGCUUUUACCCAAUCAUAGUGUAUCUAUCAAACUAUUUAGAUCAUAGGGAAGAAAGGGUAGCAAAAAAGUGAUGAUUCAUGUGAAUUAACAGAAAAGUGACUGAUGAAGAGAUGGAAUUAUCUGCUGCAAUUUUAAACAAUAUUUAGAUAUUUUUGUGUGUAAUUAUUCAAUAUCCUGGUUGGUACCAGAUUUGAACUUUUCUGAGGCUAACAUGGAAUAUGAUAUAUAUCUUGGCUAUUUCAGAUAUCUGUUGAUCUUUUUUUUCUCCAUUUGAUUCUAUGAAUUAUGGCGGGUUUGCACUUUUUCUAAAUUUUGAAAAGGACCUCCGAUGUCAUAAAAAGAUGAAUGACGUCAGAGUCAUAUAUGGCAGAGGCAAAGAGAGUGAUGAAGUCAAAGGUUUACAACAAAUUCUGUCUUUCUUUUUCAUACAAAUAAUAAGUUUUAUUAUUUUCUAUACUGUUAGCAAUAUGAAUGCAGUAGAUAAAUUUUAUAGGAAUGGACAUUACAAACUCAAUAAACAUUCUUCUGAUGUUUAAAAUACAUGUAGGAAAAAUAAGUAGUGUUUAUUAGUUGAAUUUCUUCUUUUAUUUUUAAAAAGGGAAACUUAAAUAGAAUGCAACAUAUAUGUGAGUAAUAGAUGGAAGCAUUGUGUGUUAAUGAAGUAUCAUAGAGAGGAACUAAUUAUUUUAUUUGUUAAAACAAAUUUAGUGGUAUUUUGUACCCUCUUUAUAUUUCCUAUGUUUGUUACCAUUCUUUAGCUGUUAAUUUGUUGAUAUAUAUAUAUAUAUUAACAUUGUUAAAGGGUUUGGUAAUCGGUGCUGUUUGUUACAUUUCAAAUGAAGUUGCCCGGAUAAAUAUAUAAUUUAUGACUGCAUUCAAAUUUUGCUUUUCUAUUACAUUUUCCCAUCAGUGCAAUCUAAAAGAGUUUUCAGUAAGAGAAAUAUGUUGAUUUCAUUGCUUUGUAAAUUUAAUCUUAUGUCAUUUGAAAGCUAAGAUGGAAGCAGCCUACGAUAUAUAUUUUAAUAAUUGUGCAAUAUAAUGUCUGUCACUCAAGCAUUGUAGAAUAUUUUUUAAAUGAUAGAAUUGAACCAUUUUGUUUUGUUCGUUUGUUGACUUGUUUAAAGUUCUUGCACAAGAAUUUGGGGUUAUUGUAUCUGAUUUUAUCAAUAGCGAGUAAGGCACAGUGUCAGAAUGGCUUAAACUUUCCUAAAUAUUGUCUUUACCUUUCUCUCUUUCUCUCAUAAUUCUUUGAAAUUUCGGUUCUAUUUUAAAGAUCAAUUUUGUAAAGGAAAACGUCUACUACAUUAUUUAUAAUACAGAGCAAAGGUCAUUGGGUUAUAACUUUUGCAAGUGAAACAGUUUAUGUAUUCACAACUGUUUUUUUUUCUGGAAAAAAGUGUAGACAAAAUACAGAACCAAGGUACAGAUACUUAAUAGAAAAUGAUAUAUAAUAUGGCGCUGUUGAAUGCACAUAAAAUACAUGUAUAUCUAGUAUACUUACGCGAAUAUGAAAUUUAGUAAGAAGUCUGCUUAUAUGAUUAAUGAACUUGACAAUAUACAUAUAGUUAUGUCAGAUAUUAAUGUAAUAAUGAAAAUGGAAGUUUAGUAAAUUUAUUUUUGUUACUCGACCAACGUUUGUGAAAUCUGUAAAAAUGUAGUUAAGACACUAGAUGGAGAUAUGUAAAUUGGUUAAUCCCCCUCCAAGUUCGGAGGACGGCUGUAAUAUAAAAGCAUGAAUGUGUAUCGAAACCCCAGUAUGAUUAGAAAGUAAACUAUAGUUGUGAAAUCACCGAAUAUUACAGUCAAAUCCGCACCCCACGUCGAAAAUAUUUGUGUUUGUUCCAAGCUCGCUCCCUUUGUGAAACUGUGUCAUUAAUCAAGCCCUAAAAUGUUGGUGGCCAAAACUGUGCAAAUUAAGUCAAACGCCGAAAUGUAUGUGCGUGUGUGUGUCCGCGCGCGUUAGUUUGACUAUAUAUGUUUCACUACGUAGAUGUCUGUCUCUCAUAAACUGUAGCCGUAGGAAGCCUGUGCAUUGUUGUUGCGUUCGAAAACAAAAAUCAACGAAAAAAUGGAUUAUAUUAUUCUGUCAAGCACUGAAAGAUAACACUAUCGGAAAUAAAAACUGAGAGCAUAGAAAGAACA